CCGGGUUAAACACGAAUAUGUAACUCAACACGACUAACGCUUGUUCACUCUCGACAACGGAAUGCACAGGACAUGUUACAGUUCGUGUUGUAAACAACUAUAUUCAAACGAUAUAACAAAACGUUGCGAAGACUUCGAAGUAAUUGCAACUUCUACCACGUCCGGUAUUUUUAAUGUACGCAACUCUAGCACAGUUAUGAAUAUGAAAACGAUGCAUUUGCGAAAUCUUCAACUCGUACUUUAUAACAAUCAAAGGGCACAUACACUUUUCUUGAAGAACCCAUCUGAUUGAUACGGGCGCAUACAUUGAGACCAUGGAAGAGAGACUUACGAAGAAAGAGGCACAGAACUGGCUUAAAUGUAUGUUUGCAACAUACACGACCAGGGAUGCAAUUGCACAAUUAGCUGACAUCGGAUUUAAAGCAUUUUACACUCAUAUAAGAAGUGUCAUGCAUGCAAAAUACGGUAUUCUUGAAACAACGACAUGUAGUUCAUGUAGUACACCUUCCAAACAAUGCCGUCUGUGUUCAGAAAUAGGUAAUCAGAUUUGGGACAACCAUCGUUUUAAAAAAGCAAAAUUGAAAGGCCCUUCAUGGAACAAUACGGAUACCACACAAUGGUGUACUGAAUCGUGGGAGUUGGCCAAGUGCUACAUGCCUUCCACCGGUUACAGAGAUAAGCCAAAUGCCAACAGCACAGACUUCAAUGGCAUUAUUGGUGCCAUAUACAACUGUAUCUGGAUGCAGUGCUAUUUUACGGAUGAUCUUAGUAAAGAUUCCAACAUAUGUACAAAGGCACGAGAAGAAGUUAAUGAACUACGACACCUACAGGGCAUGGACAUAUGUGAUGGUGAUAUGAUCAGCUUCUUCGAUUGUCUUUUAAAUCUCCUUAAUGAUCCUGCACACCUCUUUAGUUUUAAGCCGGCUGCGGAUGCACGCACUUACCUUAAACAGCUUCAGCAAGACUCUCUGCCUUUGUCCGAGAAAGCUGUAAAACGCACGCUGAAAAAAAUCUAUGAAGACCGAACGGAAGAAUUUCGUGGAAGAUUAAUACAGUUCUAUACGACGACGAAGAAAACUGUGUCUGUUUCACCACUAAGAGAGGGUCGUGACAAACCUAUCUGGGAUGUCUUUGUGCAACCGAAAUUGAGCCAUGUUAUCAUGGAGAAGGACGGAACUCGAAAGAAAACGGAAAAUGUUGUUCAUCAAUACAAAGAAUUAUUUUACAAAGAUGAAAUGCUCAAUAAUCGUGUAUUUCUUCAAGGAGAACCGGGAAUGGGGAAGACUACAUUCCUUAAUAAACUGGCUCUUGACUGGUGUAAUGCUGUGUCUGAGCACAAUCCUGAUCACAAGGCUACAUUUAGUGACGUCGAUACUUUGAAGGAGUUCCGGUUUCUAUUUCAAAUAUCACUGAGAGAUGCAAUAGACCAGCGGGAUGUUUUGGAGAUGAUCAAAACACAAAUAAUCGAUAUGAUUUAUACUGGUGAUAAACGCGAAGAGACCGCGAAGCUUUUACCACAGAUCAUGGAACGAGAGCCAUGCAUCAUAAUUAUGGAUGGGCUUAAUGAAUGGGUUGAUCAAUCAGAGUUUCUUUACACGCUCAACAAGCUAACAACGCUCUAUUUGCGGGGGAUCUAUACGGGUCGAUGUGAUCUCAAGCUGCCUGCUUCAUUGCAGUGUAUUGGUCUGCAGAAAUGCGAAUGUUCAUCUGAGUGGCUGUACAGCUUGUUGAUCACGCUGUCUUCAUUCGAUCAUCCUGUCAAGUGUGUCCUUCUAGUGGAGACACCAUUGGAGACGAAUUAA